AAAAAUGCAUUUUCAAUGUGAUUUAAACAAUUUACUUAUAACUAUAAUUAUUUAUUAGAUAUUAUUUCGUAUGUUGUUAAUUCAGUGACAAUUAAUUUUGUUACCUGUCAAAUAUUGCUAUAACCUAAAAAUUAGAUACAAUUAUAUUUUACACAUUUAUUAACAGAAGAGUGUAAGUACGUGUAAGUAAUAAAGUAAAGAAAAGUGUAGAAGAAUUAUUUAAAAUCGCAAUGCCAUUACCCGCUGCCUUGGUUGCACGUCUCGCAAAACGUGGACUUAUAUCAGGUUCAGAAAAACAUGAUUCAGCAAAAAAAGAAGCAAAAAAGAGAGUGCACGAGGAAGUAAUUGCUGAAGAUUACGAUAAUGCAAAGGAUGAAAUUAGUGAAAUCGAUAUAUCACAGAAAUUUAUGGGUUACAGUGGCUGCCCUAAUAAAUAUAAUAUUUAUCAUGAAUGUACAAAAAAGUGUAAAGAGUUUUGGGGACUUGGUCAAAUCCAACCAUCAGAAAUAUACCUAAAACGUCAAAUGAAAUUAAUACAGAGGUAUCCUUUACCGGAAACAUGGAAAGCAGUAUACGACUCAGGAUCAGGCCAGCAUUAUUACUGGGAUUGGUCAUCGGACUUAGUAGCUUGGUUACCACCAGGUCAUCCUAAAUGUCAGAUAUCUCAACCGGCAUCUCAGUUGCGUGAAGAAUUACAUCUCAAAGCAGCUGAUCAAGAUGAUAAUCUGUCCAGUGAUGAAAGCGGAAGUGAACAAGAACCUACAGAAAUAGAUGAAACUGAACCAAAAAGAGAACGUAAAGUAGAAACUAAAGUUAAAUAUAAAGGUGCAGAUAAUAAAAGGCAUCAAAGAUUGGAUAAACCCGAAAAUAAAGACAAAAAAGAUCGUACUUUGGAUCCUAUGGAUCCAGCAUCUUACAGCGACAUUCCAAGAGGAAAAUGGUCAGAUGGAUUAGCUAGACAUAACGAAGCUAAAACAGGUGCUGAUACUACAGCAUCAGGGCCACUUUAUCAAAUGAGACCAUAUCCAAGUCCUGGCGCUGUUCUUAGAUCAAAUAGAGCAACUAAACCAGAAUCUGAAAAUAAUGGUAAACCAAAAGUAUCGUUCCCUGAAAAACCAGAGUAAAAAGAUAUAAAAAUGUUACUGGACUGUCAUCAAUGUUCAUUCGAUUCAAAUAAAUUAUUUUUUAAAUUA